UGGCGUUGUCGAACGGAUCCAGUGGCGACUCCAAGGCCGAGUUCGCGGAGAUAUACAACAAGCUCAAGCAGGAGAUGCUCGAGGACCCCGCCUUCGAGUUCACCGAUGAGUCGCUCCAGUGGAUCGACCGCAUGUUGGAUUACAAUGUGCUCGGAGGAAAGUGCAACCGUGGGCUCUCUGUCAUCGAUAGCUACAAAAUAUUGAAAGGUGUAGAUGUUUUGAGCAAGGAGGAGACAUUUCUUGCCUGCACCCUUGGUUGGUGCAUUGAAUGGCUUCAAGCUUAUUUUCUUGUGCUCGAUGAUAUCAUGGACAACUCCCAGACGCGGCGUGGUCAGCCUUGCUGGUUUAGGGUGCCUCAGGUUGGCCUCAUUGCAGUAAAUGAUGGGAUUAUCCUUCGCAGCCAUAUUUCACGGAUCCUUCAACGCCACUAUAAAGGAAAACCUUAUUAUGUUGAUCUCAUUGAUUUGUUCAAUGAGGUUGAGUUCAAGUCAGCUUCAGGGCAGUUGUUGGAUCUUAUCACCACUCACGAGGGAGAAAAAGAUCUCACGAAAUAUAACUUGAAUGUUCACCGGCGCAUUGUGCAAUACAAGACAUCAUACUAUUCGUUUUACCUUCCGGUUGCAUGUGCAUUGCUGCUGUCGGGUGAGAAUUUGGAUAACUUUGGAGAUGUAAAGAACAUUCUUGUUGAAAUGGGAACAUACUUUCAAGUCCAGGAUGAUUAUCUAGAUUGUUUUGGAGAUCCUGAAAUCAUUGGCAAGAUCGGAACUGACAUUGAAGACAACAAGUGCUCCUGGUUAGUUGUGCAAGCUCUUGAGCAUGCUAACGAGAGCCAAAAGCGCAUUCUACUUGAAAAUUAUGGGAAGUCAGAUCCUGAGUCUGUUGCAAAUGUGAAGGGUUUGUACAAAGAGCUAAAUCUGGAGGCAGUGUUUCACAAAUAUGAGAAAGAGAGCUACAAUAAGCUGAUUGCCGACAUCGAGGCCCAGCCAAGCAAAGCAGUUCAGAAAGUCCUGAGGUCCUUCCUGGACAAAAUCUACAAGAGGGAGAUGUAGAGCAAGCACAUGGAGCAGCUGUUCUAUACCAACUUGGUACAUUCUGUCCUGCAGAACGUUCAUUUCCAGACAGCAAUCAAGCUACGGUGCUAUUAAGGAGUCCGGUAUGUUCAGGCCUUCAUCUGGAUUUGGAUGGUUCCAAUAACUUACCGUAUAAGCUAGGGUGUCCGAUGUUUGUAGGUCUGUGCUUGAUUGUGAGUGUUACAGUUUGUCGCGUUAUUGGUGUCGGGAUUUCUGAUGUUAGCCACCGUGUGACAUUCUUGUCUUCUGUAAGCAGUUCAGCCUCGGAGUCUUUGGGCGUCGCGUAAAUAAAAUUGUGGCAAAAAAAUAAUUCAAGAGUAUGAUUCUGCA